AUGUCUGAGAGCCUCCUUACUGAAGACGAGGGUGUGAAAACCCUCCUAGCCUAUAUCUACUCCGGUUCUGCAAUCGGACCUGUGGGAGAUAAAGGGGUCGGUUACUCCCUUCUGAAGUCAUCACCAGCCUCUUUCUCUUGGUCGGCAGCAAUCGAGGACUUUGAUGGGUCCGAUACUCCUGUUGAUCGUUAUUUGAUCAAGAUUGAUAGACGAACCAAAAAAAUAAGCACUCCAGAGCCCAUAGUACUUUCCGAAAACGAACUUGCAGAUGUAAUACUCCCUGCAACAGGCCAACGUCUUUCUUCUUGGACUAGAUUCACAGACGGUUCGAUGAGCACCUCUUACAAGGUCACUGUCAAAGAAGAUCCCGACGUGGCAUACGUGGUUCAGAUACGCCAUUAUGGUUCUGUUGCAUCUAUGGACUCGUUCAUGACUUUGAUUUCGAGAACCAUCAGUCCCAACGUCUUACCUGUACCACCAAAUUUGGUUCAUCAAAGUGCCACUGGUAUGGGUAGACAGAUAACUCGGUAUAUACCAGGGCAGGUGGUUUUACAGAUUUACGCCGGGUUGUCGCAUAAAGAAAGACUCAUUUUUGUACGAAAACUGGCACUCGCUUUCUCGGCUUGUUGGGAAAUCCAACUACCAGAACCCCGAUUGAUUGGCGAGCUAAUCGCAUCUAAUAUCGACGGCCAAAUCACUUUGCGAGUCGGACCCGAUCGACACCAUGGACUUGGCGGUCCAUUCCAUUCGGUGUGUGACUAUCUCCGCGCGUAUAUCAAAUGCUGCCUUGUCCUUCUUGAAAAGCAAGAAGGCAUUGAAGAGUACAAAGAGAAAUACCUUCAGCGCAUAAGAAGUUUCGUCGAUACCCGUUUGCAUGAGAUACCAGCAGUCGUCGAGACAGUCCCCAUUGUCGCUAUGCAUGCAGAUAUGGGUCCUCACAACAUCAUUGUGUCGAACCAGACACCCACGGAGAUCCAAGCGAUUAUUGAUUGGGAAUUUUUAGAGAGCGCCCCAUAUGCUUCACUCUGUCGGGAAAUGGAGAUGUUUUUCCGCAAGAUUGCUCCCAAUGGAUUUGGUCCAGAGUAUGAACGUGCCGAUGAAUUACGAGAGGCCUUUUGGAGCAGUAUACCCAACUGGAAGCGGUGGAACGAGAGCGAGGCUACGCAAACAUUCUUGGAGUGGUUUAGAUUUGGCCUGUUCAUGAAACCGGAAUACAGACCAAAAGAGUUGAGUGAUGAGGAGAGGGACAAAUUUUGGGCGGAGAACAUUCGAGUUGUUGAAGGCAUGUUCGACAAGUAUUCGCCAGAAUUGAAUGAGGCAAGCGACGCCUAA